UUUUUAUGAAAACUAAUUUUUAGUGGAACAAGGAUGUGGAAAAUGUAAAGAGAAUGAUUGUAGAAAUUGUAAACAGAAAUUUUGUAAUACUAAAGAGAUUGGGGUUAAGCAUUGUUGGACUACUAAUAAUUCGACCUGUUCUACAGGAUAUUUUGAAAAUUGUUUUACAGAGAGAACUGACACAAAUGAAUGGUUGUGGGAAUUGUACUUCUGCAACAUGCAAAACAUGUACUGGGCAUCGUUGUAAUGAUGGAAAAAAUUUCCCCUACUAUUGCUUAAAGUCUGAUGGUACCAGCUUGUUGGAAUGUCCAUCUCCUAACUGUUAUAUUGAUAAAAGUAACGGCCUGGGCAUAGUUUCAAUAGCAAUAAUUGAUUUUAGAGUUUAA